GGCUGCUUGAGUGAGUGCGCGAGAGCAGGUGAUGGUCGCGGUCAGGGAAGAGGGAGGUGUUAGGUCAGUCCGCCAUAUAUCCCGCCCAUGUCUUAGAGCCGCCGGAAGUGCGGUGUGUCUCGCUUAUGCGAUAGUGCGCGUAAUUGGCAGGGGACUGCACUUAAAGUGGGAGGGUCUGACAGCGGGUACCUGAGAUACUGCUGUCUUGAUUUGGGAAAUUUUAGGGCAGCGAGCCAAGAGGCGAA